UGUUCAGGGGGAAAGCAGCAAAUACCUGCAGGAAGUGGGAGAGACUCUGGGAACGCGCACAAAGCUCUGAAGCAGGAGACAACAUUUAUCCUCUCCGGGACCCAUCUCGUACAGAGGUGAAACAUUCAUAGUCGCAGACGCCUACAAAGCAAGAUUGCUCUACAGCGCRGGCCGCCUGCACCCUGAGAGGGAGAAGGAGCCAUCGCAUCACCCGGUGACGUCUCAGCAGUUUUAGUCCGUUCCUCGCUGUGCUCCGCGCGAGCAGGCUCAGCCCUCCUAAAACCAACUUCUGCUCUCAACGCUCGUUUUGAAACCUCACGCCGAGUGAAKCCUCUUCCUCAAAUCACCCCCUUUCCCGGUGCGUUCACCGGCGGGAGCAGCCGGAGAUGAGGAUUUUUCGCUCCUAGAGAAGUUUCGCCACUGAAGGCUCCCGCUGCCAGCUGCACCGGGACAGCAGCGCGGCCGGUGAACUUGAGUUCUGCUCGACAUGGCCACGUUCUUCUAGACCUGCCAUGACGGCAUUUUUCCCCAGCGUCCCCACCUGGAUUCAAGAUGCAAAGCAGGAGGAGGAGGAGACGGGCUGGAAACUAGUCCCCAGGCCAAGAGGGGAAGAGCCCGCGAGCCAGGGAAAAUGCCAGUGUGAGAGAGCGGAGGCCUCCUUCCCUGCCGUGGACAAGCUGAGAGCCCACGCGCUCGCCCAUAGCGAGCAGAGGCCCUACCACUGCCCGCAGCUGCACUGCGGCAAGGCCUUCGCUUCCAAGUACAAGCUCUACAGGCACAUGGCCACGCACUCUGCCCAGAAGCCGCACCAGUGCAUGUACUGCGAGAAGAUGUUCCACCGAAAAGACCACCUGCGCAACCACCUGCAGACCCACGACCCCAACAAGGAGGCCCUGCACUGCCCCGAGUGCGGCAAGAACUACAACACCAAGCUGGGCUUCAGGCGGCACCUGGCCAUGCACGCGGCUGCCAGCGGGGACCUCAGCUGCAAGGUUUGCCUGCAGACUUUCGAGAGCACCCAGGUCCUGCUGGAGCACCUUAAAGCUCAUUCUAGGCGGGCCUCGGGCGGCGCCAAAGAGAAGAAGCACCCGUGCGACCACUGCGACCGGCGCUUCUACACGCGCAAAGACGUGCGGAGACAUUUGGUGGUGCACACGGGCAGGAAGGACUUCCUGUGCCAGUACUGCGCUCAGCGCUUCGGCCGCAAGGAUCAUCUCACCCGGCACAUGAAGAAAAGCCACUCCCAGGAGCUGCUGAAGAUCAAGACGGAGCCCGUUGACAUGCUGGGGCUCCUCAGCUGCAGCUCCUCCGUGGCAGUGAAGGAAGAGCUGAGCCCGGUCCUGUGUAUGGCAUCCAGAGACAUGAUAGGUGGUAAGAGCUUCCCUGGCAUGUUGCCCGUGGGCAUGUACGGCACACAUCUGCAAACCAUGCCCAGCUCAGGGAUGCCCCCUUCUUUGGUUCCUAACUCCCUCCCCAUGGGAAUGAGCUACCCUCUGGAGUCUUCUUCUCCCAUCUCCUCCCCACCGCAACCUCCUCCAAAGUAUCAGCUUGGAUCUACCUCAUAUUUGCCUGAGAAACUACCCAAAGUGGAGGUGGACAGCUUCUUGGCAGACUUCCCUGGCAGUCUGUCCCUCUCAGCUGGCGAGCCCCCGUCCUCUUCGCCCCAGCCGCCCGCCCUGGACGAGGCCCUGCUUUCCAAGAGCCCCGCUAACCUUUCCGAGGCUCUCUGUGCUGCUAACAUGGACUUUUCUCAUCUUCUCGGCUUCCUCCCCUUGAAUCUUCCUCCUUGCAAUCCGCCCGUAUCCUCAGGGGGAUUGGUCAUGGGCUACUCGCAGGGGGAGACGCAGCCGCUGCUCAGCGCUCUGCAACACCAACCUCAAGAAGCUCCUGGAGCCGGGGCCCCCCUGAACUUUGGUCCCCUUCACUCGUUGCCCCCCGUUUUCACCUCCAGCCUGAGCACAACCACCCUGCCACGUUUCCACCAGGCAUUCCAAUAAGCUGGAAAAUAGCACUGGAGAAGGGAUCGUUCAGCCACCCUUUUGUGGAGAGCCUUAAAACGCACAACUCUCAGUGCCCUCCGGGGCGAGAGCUUUUCCCAGCUGCCUCUCACAGCAGGUUUCCGAGCGCUGGAGGGAGCACUUGUAGACUGGAACAGCAGAUACCCCCAGGCACGACCCAGUCCUGUACAGUGAAAAGAUUUCAGCUGAUAGACUGGAUAGAUUUUAUCUAGUUUUUAAUCUGUGAAUCAGGAGCCACCCUUAGCACUGACCUUCCCGAGAUGCCGGAGCUGUGUUCCUCUCUGGGAAGGGCCUCACCCUGAGAAGGAGUUGAGACUCUUUCACCUUGGGCUACACUUCUGAAGAGUCCAACUUCCAUUUCCUAUGGUAUCACACUGCKAUUCUGGCAAAAUAAUCAAUACCUCCAUGAGGAGGAGGAGGAGGGACAGCCGCUCUGUGCGAAGCAGCGGGGCCGCCCUUCCGUCCUGCCCCC